AUGUAUGCGUCAUACCCAUCUAAAACAUUCCCUAAUCAUCACACGAUUGCAACUGGUCUCUAUCCAGAGGCACAUGGUAUCAUUGAUAACAACAUGUAUGACGCGAAUAUUUCACGCGAACCUAACAGCCGUAAAUAUCAUAAUGGCGAGCCGUUACGAAGUGAACUGCUAUUGCAGAUAAGCAAAGCACUGAGGGUAAUCGACUCAACACUUAAUUAUCUCCUCGAACAACUACGUUCACUGAAUCUAAUUGAUUGUGUUAAUUUGUUGGUCAUCUCAGACCACGCAUAUUCAUUGGAUGAGUUAAAAGAAACGUUACGAUGUGCAGAUGACUAUUUGCUAUACGAUAAGAUGAGCAUUCCGAGACGAUAUCAUUUCACUGUUGGGAAACGCAUUGGUGAUCUCAUUAUUGAAGGACGACCUGGCACAAUUCUCUUUUUGUACGAUUUUUCGACAUCAAAAAAAGAAGAUAGCAACGUGACGGCUGAUCAUGGAUACAACUUUCUGGAAAGUUCAAUGCGAACGAUUUUUUUCGCACAAGGUCCCGAUAUCGCAGUCGACGUACGCUUGCCUCCGUUCCAAAAUAUUGAACUCUUCUCACUUAUGAAUGAUUUAUUACGCUUGAAAGCACCACCAAAUAAUGGCACUGAAGGCUCGCUUGAUGCGGUAUUUCGGCAUGCACCUAAACGACAAUCAUCAACGAAUUUACGAGCUCUAACCAAAUGCAUUUCUGAAUAUUCGUCAUUGCAUCAGCUCACACCCUGUGGACAUUCCUGCAAUCUUAGUACAACUGUUGCUUCAUUAUCUGGUUGUAUCAACAAUUCGUCGUCAUCACUAUCAUUCUCCAACAUGAUUAUUCGAGGAGAUUCUUCUCAAUAUUGCAUAAUACCGCUAUGCUCGGCAUUCAUAAUCACUUCGGAAUCUUCAUAUGCAACGAAAAUGCUUGUUGAACGCUUGUCGAGUGAUGACGAUUACAAUGAAAUGACUAAAUCAGUACAAUCGGUUGAUCAAUCAAAAUGUUUUAUCACUGUUGGUGAUCCCCGAAAGUGUACCUGUUCAAGUGGCAUUGACGAAGAACUGAAUGAACUGCGAAAUGAAAGCACUGAAAGGCAUUCGUUCGCCGUAAAACAGUAUGAAGGUUAUGCACAUUUGGACUUGCAAAUCGCUCGGUUCACAAAUCAUUUCUAUGGCAAGACAUUCAAGAAUCUACAAAAGCUGACGGCAGCUUAUCUACGCAAAUACAAGAAGCUAGUCGUUAUGACUGGCACAGUUUACGAUCUGGAUAAUGAUGGAGUUCACGACCGAGAAUAUUCAAAUGAAUCAGAGUUCAUCAAUACACCAACACACUUAUUUCGUAUCCUUAUUCGAUGUAAUGAUACUGCACUAUGGUCUGUACCGAACGGACAAACACUGUGUAAAUCACCCGCAGCCAUACGCCUCAUCUCAUUCAUAUUACCCCAUACAAAUAAAGACUUGAACUGUCUGGAGCCUUUGGAAGAGUUGGCGUUGUAUACGGCACGAAUUCGUGAUAUUGAACUACUCAUGGGCAUGGAAUUUUUUGGUAAUCGAACGAUAUUCGAUUACAGUUCGGCCGUACAUCUUCGAACCUACCAUCCACAGGAAUUAUGGGAUUUGGCACCAGAAGACAGAGAAAUGCGAUGA